UUUUUCCAAAUUCCGAACAGUACAAUGGUAGAUCAACAGAAAAAGCGUCUGGAGGACGCUAUUAGCGAUAUGAUCGAGGACAUGUACCGCACCCACUUGCGGAGGAUGCAGUCCACGAUGCACCGCUGUGCAGCACGAUGCUGUGAUGAUGAGCGAGGGACGCUGGAGAGCGUCCAAAACUGCAUAGAGAAAUGUGCCGGACCGCUGAUGGACGCCCAGGACUAUCUGCAGCACGAGCUGGGACAGUUUCAGAACCGCCUCCAGAAUUGCGUCAGGGAUUGCAACAGCGAUGCCCGAGCCCGUCUGCCCAGCAAUCCGAGUGACCGGGACAUGUCCCGAUCCCAGCACAUGUUCGAGAGCUGCACGGGCAACUGUGUGGACAAGCACAUCAAUCUGAUCCCGGGGCUGCUCAAGUCGAUCAAGCAGACUCUGGACAGGGGUCCGCCCAAGAGAGCUCGCGGCAUGGGCAUGGAUGUCUAAUGCCCACUGCAAUCCCAAAAUCGAUGUGAAUUUAAAACGGCUAUCGGGAAAUUGUCAACGGUAUAAUUAUUUAUUGAAUAUUUUUGGUACAGCUAACACUAAAGAUACACUAACGGAAACUACGAUCCGGAAGGGGCUUAUCGGAGCAGGGCUUAUCAACGUCCACGUGGCCCGAUCUCUAGCCGAUUUGGAAUUCCCAGCUCCCGGAUCUCCUUGGGCCCUAGCUCAUUAAAUAUCUAGUAAUAAAGAUUCUUAGUAAUAUGCAACAAUA